GUCCUUCCCCUCCACCUUCGCCCAUUUCGAUCCCACACCUUCGCUUUCGACGCGGGAAGACGACAAUGCGCUUCUAUACUCUCGGUGUCAGCGCAUCGCUUCUGCUACUCGUUAGCCAGCUCACAUCCACAUAUUCUGUUACCCACAAUAUCAAUAUCGAUAAGCAGGACGCCCCAUCUACUGCUUCCAACUCCACCCUUGACUGUCUACAGUCCUUAGGCUCCAAGGUCCUACGGCGCAACACACCGCUCUUCGAAAGCAAUAGAUAUGCCUUCGAUCUGAGAUUCACCUACAAUCCUGAGAUGAUUGUCAUGGCCAGCUCCGCGGCUGAUGUCCAGACGGCCGUCAAGUGUGCAAAGGCUUCAAAUGUUCCUGUUGCACCUCGUUCCGGUGGUCAUUCGUUCGAAGGCUACAGUAUCGGCGGACAGGAUGGCGCCGUGGUCAUUGAUCUCUCUGGAAUCUCCUCUGUCGUCGUUUCUGGUGACCAGGCUAAGGUUGGCUCCGGCAUUCGACUUGGACCCCUCUACCUCGCUCUUUACAAUCAAGGAGGAUGGAGUAUUAACGCAGGAACAUGUCCAAGCGUCGGUAUCGGUGGACACGCAUUAGGAGGAGGAUUUGGACUCUUUGCUCGCAAGUACGGUCUCUUGAUCGAUCGCAUAGUCCAGAUGGAGGUCGUCAACGCCGACGGGGAUCUGCUCACCGUUUCUAAUACCCAGAACCCAGACUUGUUUUUUGCCUUGCGAGGCGCCGGUGGAGGAUCCUAUGGUGUUGUAAUCUCAUUCACCAUCUUGCCGUUUAAGCCCCCAACUGCAGUGACAUCUUUCAGCUAUACUUGGAAGCUGCCGGACUAUGCCGCGGUGUUGCGCGGUUAUGUCAAUUUCCAGGCCGUAGCUUCAAGAGAUGUCGGUGUUGAGAUGAACAUCGGCCCAGAUGGUUUGGAGCUGUACGGAAUCUUCCAAGGCGCCCAGACCCAGCAAGCGGCUGCGCUCGCACCUUUUCUCCAGACCGUACCCGCGCCCCUAUCCUUGGAUGUGCGCGAAAGCCCUCAAAUCGAUGCACAACUGCGGUUUGCCUAUGUAGCUGGCGAUCCCAAGGACAUCAAUGCGUUGGGAUUGACGGGAUCGUUCAAAGCAGGCGACUCACGUUACACCAAGGGCAAGUCUCUUGUAUACCCAGUUGCACUCAAAGACUCGACCAUCGCCCUUCUUGGAAAGUGGGCAGCCAUCAAACCCGUGGGAUCCACUUACAACUAUAUCAUUAUAGACAUCUGGGGAGGAGCCGUUCAAGACACCCCGACUGACGCGACUGCAUUUAUCCACCGGAAUGCCCACACCGUUUUUGAGUUUGUGUCUGAGUGGGACGAGAACCCGAACGCCCUGCCUGGCAAGGCCGAUUGCCUGGACUGCCUCAAAUGGAUGGAUGACAUGUAUACUGAGUUCUUGGCCGACUAUAAUACCAACUAUGGCCCCGUUCGCGGUUACCAGAACUACAUCGAUCGAGAUAUUCCCAACUGGCAGGAUGCUUACUACGGCUCAACACUUCCUCGUCUCAUGCAGAUCAAAGCCGCAGCCGACCCCACAAACAUCUUCCGUUUCCCCCAAAGCAUUCCCCUCCCCUAGACAGCCGUUAUCUUAUCAUAUAUUAAUACAUUAUAUCUCUAUCCAACAUUUUUUCGUAUUCUUUUCCAAUGCAUCGUAUGGCCGGUCCAAGUGCCAUGG